UUUAUUACAAGAUGCAGGCACUCACAUUUCGACUACAAUAGUAACUUUUAAACACCGAUUUGUACUUAACAGGUUAUUUACAAUAGUUUUAGUUAAACAUUACUAUGGAUGCACACAAGCUGUAAACGAAACCAACAUUUUGAAUCAAGUUAUGCUACCAAAGAGCAUUGCACACACAUUAUUGGGGAAAUACCAACGUGUUCUCGUCUGGUGACUGCAUGUAUUUCUGUCCUGCAGAUGGCACUGCUAUGCACUGUUUAAAAGGUGUAAGCAAUGAACAGUUUUUCAGCACGAGUCUCAAAUGUUUCAGAAAGUCUCGGUUGCCAUCACUAUUGGAUAAGCCUUCUUGGUUAACAAUUUAUUCACCUCAGUUUAUAAAUUGCUUCUAUAAACAAGUUUGUUUUGAACGAUGGGAUAUAAAGGUAGCAGGUGCGUGCUCUUCUACUGUAUUUUGAGAACAAAACAUUGCGCUUCAUUAUCGCUCCCUAUCGACCAUCUUUUGGAACUGCAGCUAUUGGUUUCUGACAUGCGCAGACACGAAACCAUCAUUUUAGUCUGAGUGGAACGGAUAGGAACCGGUACUGCAUACUGCAAAAGAUAAUGAGAAUGCACUUUUGUGUUAACAUAGUGUUUCCAAAAAUGAUGACAGGUUAAAUAUUAGCAAUCCGUAUGGAGAGACACAUUCAUGCAAGUAAACACGUUUCUAAAAUUGCUGCACUUAUUCAUUGAACAUUUUAGUCGUACUUCCGGAUAGUCAUGGCUGUAGCUUUGGAGGAUCAGAAAUUUACUUUACAAGAGGUUCUUGAUACAUUUAAGUUAUGCCUCUCUGAAAACAAAGAAGUACACCUUGAACAUUAUGUGGCAGGGUGGCGUGGUCUCGUAAGAUUCAUGAAUAGCCUGGGGGCUGUGUUUUCCUUCAUCUCCAAGGAUGCCGUUAACAAGAUCCAUAUCCUAGUCAACCAUCUGAACAGUGAAACUGGGGCCCACUACGUCACCGUUCAGUCUAUGGUCAAAUAUGAACUGGACAACCAACUGGUGGACCUGACCAAGAAAGGCAGCUUCCCUGAGUCCGGUUGCCGCACUCUCUUGAGGCUGCACCGCGCCUUGCGAUGGUUGGAGCUCUUCCUGGAGAGGCUACGAACCAGCACGGAGGACAGCAAGACCUCUGUCAUGUGCUCUGAGGCCUAUAAUGAAUCACUCUCGCAGUACCACCCUUGGUACAUCCGUAAAGCUGCUGGCACGGCUUUCUGGGCUCUCCCAGGGCGUGCUCAGUUCUUUGAUGUGAUGAAUGUAGGGGAACCAGAGCAGGUGGUGGCCAUGUUGGGGGAUGCUUUGCCUCUCAUCUCUGAGGUGUACCAGGUCACAGAGGACCUCUAUAUCCAGAACAACCUGCUGGAGUUGCCCUAGUGGGCAAAAGGAGCUAUAGUAAUAGUAGCCUGGUUCCAGAUCAGUUUGUGGUGUCCUGCCGACUCCGGUUUUGACCGUGAUCGUAUAAGUUUUCAACACAGCACAAUGAUCUGGGACCAGGCCAGGGAGGAAGAUUCUGUAGCACUGUAGUCCGUCCAGUUUAUUUCCAAAGCGCUGGACAAACAUGCUGCUUCUGAUCUGUCUUGAAUGGGAUAAUGACCAAAUAUUGUUCUUGUGUACUAUUGUGUAUUAUGUUUUAUAUUUAUGCAAGGCAGCAUUACUCAUAGAUUACCAUAUAUUAUUAUUGUAAGUCUAAUUCAUUGCUGAUUGGUUUUCUUGAACACAUUUAUGCUCUACAUGUUCUUGUAUGGAUUAGUGUAAUGGGGUAUUAUCAAAAGUUAAUUUUACUAAGAGCCCUUUGUAAGUUUAGGGACAGUGAAGCAUUUUUUCAUAUUUUGUGUAAUUAAACAAAAGGUUUGGAUUAAAAAUCAAACAAUAAAUUAUUACUAUUGUUUAACUUAGUGUUUGAGGUUUCUAUAUAGUCCCUACAACAAUUGUUAUACAUAGUCUCUGUAUCAAGGCACUUAAAAUAUUGGGACAGAUUAAUAUAAUGUUAUAAUUAAUUCAGGGUACAUGUCUUGCUAUAUGAGGAAACACUCUGAGAUGAGUUUGAAUGUAUUUGCUUGUACUUUAGCAGACAAAAUGUUUCUGUACACUUCAGAAUUUGUUCUACUGCUGUUUCAGCAAUUCCUUUUAUCUAUGAAGACAAUGAGCCAGUGGUAGCCUUACAUGACCCAAGCCAUAACACAGCUUUGGCUGUACUUCUGUUUUAAUUUUCUCAGAUUUGUAAGCCUUAAAAUGGCUUCAUAUUUCCUUUUUAUACUUUUUCCAACAGCAGAAUCUAAGAGCAAAUAGCAAGCCUAGAAUCAAGCCUAAACACUGACAGCUCUCUUAUGUCUGCACAAAUGAUGUGACUAACCAGACUGAAACCAAUAUGCAUUCUAAUACCCUCAAAGAAAAGCUGGGAAUCUAUAUUUUAAAGGGGCAUUUAGAAUCUUGGUAUUGUAAUAUUAGAUGUCCAUAAAAUAUCUACUGUAAUAAUGGAAUGAUAGUGUUUCACAGGAGGUACUCAACAGAAAUUAUUUUGUGUGCAUACAAAAGUAUUUCUUAAAUUGCAGAAAUUCUAUUAGUCACCCGAAUGCCUACCAGCUUCUGUUGUCAAAUGGAAAGCGAAACCCUCCCUGUUUUCAUUGUGUCAGUAAGACACAAGGUAAUCUUUCCUCAACAUAGCAAUAUCAAGCAAAAUCCCUUGAUCAUUUCCUGGUUGUUAAAAUUCUACAGACCACUGAAUUGUAUAUGGAAUCAUUAUGGAGUCAAUAUGGCAUUUUUGAAUUUCCAAAGAUAUUUUGUUUUGCAAGUUGGUUGACCAAAUAUUGAAUUAAAACGUGUGCUUGAAUUGAUUUGGUUUGAAAGCGCAGUGGUUAUAAUUUGGCUAAAUUCUACAAGGUUGGUCCAAAUUAAGGAAAUCCCUUUUAACCUCAUAUAUAUGUUUUGAUUUCAGUUCCAAAUGUUUCCAGGAGACAAAUUAAGCCUACUCUUGGACUAAAAAUACAUUCACAUUGAGCUUGAUUUUUAGUCCAGAACCAAGCUUAAGCAUUGACUUGGAAACUAUGGGUUAAAGUAUUGCCAAAAGAAGAUAACAUGCUUUACUCUCUCCUGAUGGAGGGCACUAUAUCUGAUGGGCUGAGGAUGAUCAUAUUUAUAACACACAAGCAGAUUUAAAUUGUAUUGUUUAACAAUAUUGAUAGUUCUUUUUCCUCAUGUAAUAACAUUAUAAUGUUUGAAAUGUAAAUUAUCUUGUUUUUGCAUUUCCUAUUGCAUAAUUUCUGCCAAGAUUUGUUUAUUUCAUCAAUGUGUAAACCUAAUAAUAAAGAUGUUUAUCUGG